UUGGAAAAUAAAAUAAUAAAAAUGUAGGGUUUUAAAAGGAAUUUUUACUCACCUCAAGCAAUGUUUUAGAAUAUAAAUUAAUACUGUUCUAACUUUUUGUUACUAUAUCCGCUGAGAUUACCUUUCCUUAAAUGUUCGAAUAAAUCUCAUAAAAAUAGUCUAUUAUAAUAGUAUUUUCAGUGUGGCAUUGUUUAAAACACAUUCUAUUGCCUGUUUAUUAUUUUAACUUGCAUUUUAGCAAGCUAUUAUAUCUAAGGCUUGGUCACCCUGCUACACUCAAGUCAAAAUUAAACUUCAAUAUUCUGAUACAGCAUGUCAUUUUAAACAACUUUCCAAUUUACUUCAAUUAACAAAAUGUGCACAGUCUUUUUAUAUUUACACUUUUUGAGUCACCAACUCCUACUGAGCAUGUGCAAGAAUUCACAGCAUAUACGUAUAUGCAUUUGUGAUUGGCUGAUUGCUGUCACAUGAUACAGGGGGAGUGGAAAUAGACAUAACUUUUCAAUUUAUUUAACAAAAAUCUACUACUCAUUUUAAAUUCAGACUAAGUGCUAUUGCAUUGUCUUCUUAUCAUGCAUUUGUUGAUUAUGCAAAUCUACUGUAUUGACUGGUCCUUUUAUGGUUAUACUGUGCAUAGAUAUAUGAAUAUGUUACUAACAGCAUAAUAAGAAUAAAGCAGAACUGAUAACAUAGAAAGAUUUAUGCUUUUAUAGCUGGAGGAUUGAAUAUACAGCAGUGAGCUGUAUAUGACCUUAUUUACAGGUAGAUACAUGGUAUAGUCUCCCAGCUGAGAUGGUAGUGUCAUAUUUAUUUUAAAAAAAUAUAUAUAUAAUCUGUGAAAAUACUUGCUGAUAUCUCUUCUUAAACAGGACAUGUGACUGCUAGAAUAUACCAUUCCCAGGCAUCUAUAAGUACUAUAUAAAACCAAAAUGUAUUUAAUAAUUUCAGCUAUUAUCUAUUAAUCUGUAAUAUAGUAUAGUCAGGUGUUACAUUUAAAUCCUUUUUUAUUUUAUUGCAUUGCUGUUUACCAAUAUAAAGGGCACUUCUUACAUUUUACAGUACAAAGUAAAUUAAAAACAGAUCUAGACAUAUAACUUUACUGGUUUCACAUAAGGUUUAGACUGUAAAUUCAUAUAACCAGGUAUUGUUUAAGCUGCGUUUUUUUUGUGCAGCAUUAUAAAAAAAUGUUUAAUGUAGUAGAAAUUAAAAAAAAAAUCAUAUUCAGCUGAGAAAUGGUUCUAUAAACAGACAUUGGGUAAAAAUUGGAAUUGUAGAGCUUGGAUAAGUGAGUGAUCUGUUAUCUUAGAGAAAUCCUAUUAUUUGUUAGAGAGGGAUAGGCAGUUUCAGUGUGUGUGGACAAACAUCGCUGUCGAAAAAUCAAACUCAUUAAAUCCCUAUCUUAAAGUUCAAUUUAUCUAGGGACGUCCGGCAGGGUGCGAAGGCUGCAGGGAGCUCCCAAUCAAAACCCAGCACCUAUACAUUUAGCCAAUUGAAAAGCUGUACACUGGGGGAGGGGGUGAACCAAUGAAUAGGUUAGGUGCACCUGCAUGAUAUUCUUAUCAACUGGUAAGUGGGGAUAUAAGGAAUAGGAAAGUUGCUGAGAUUAGAUAGAGGAAGACGAGGUUGAAACGGAGGGCCAUAUAAAGUAAGGGGUGUUGAGAGAGAGGAAAAUAAAAACAAGGAAAGAGAAACAGAUUUUCAGUACGAGGUGAAAGGUUGCAGUAAAGACUGAUUUGAAAGUAGAAAUAGGAAGAAUACUGCAAGACAAAGGGAUUAGUAAAAGGGGGAUAACAUAGAGCUUGGGGAAUUACAGGUAAAGAAGCGAGGAAAAUAAAUGAAAAUGAGAAUUUCAGGAUGAAAGUGAUUGAGUUAAAGACAAGAGAGGGAUAUUACAAGAUUAAAGACAGAACAAGUACAGAGUUAAUGAGAGGGUCACUGAAGGAGUGGGGCAGACAGGCAGGACAAGAGAAAUGAGCAAAAGAGAGAGACAACGACAGUGAAAAAUAGAGAAAGACCACAAGGGGAGAUAGAGGCCGGGAGCAUAAAAAGGGAGUUAUAGAGACGACAAGGGGAGAGUGUGGAAGGAAAGCAAGAUUGAAAGUGAGAAAUAAACAGGUACCAGAGAUAAAAUAAAAAAAAACAGGAGGUAGGAAGGGAAAGGAAAAAAAAAAGUAGGAAAAAGAAAGUAUUAGAAAAAAAAUAAUAAUUUUGCUUCUACUUAGGAAGAGUUGGUAGAAGAUAUUUAGGCAGUGCAGAGAUUUCCUUGAUUUUCGCUUGCUUCAUCCAGUAUUGUAUGUAACCCACUACCAGAUGAUUGGAUUUAGAGGCAAGAGGUAGGUAAGAGAGUUAAGCUAUUAAGGGUAUCCACAAUCAGAGACCCCUACAUUUUUCUCAUGGGCCUGACUCAAUGUGAAGAACCCCCCAGCUUUGUUGCUGGUCCAAUAUUUGGAAAGAAGAAGUUCUGAGAAAAUAUUAGGAGAUGGAGACCCACCACCCAGGCGCAUUUAUGUUGUCCCCCUAUUCUGAAAUUAAAGCCCCCGGCUGCCAAUUUCCAGGCCACUCUCCCUUCCAUAAACUAAGCCCUCCUGUAUUGGGGUGUCAUCUUUCCUUGGGUACACCUCAUGGAAUUUCAGACAUCCUCAGCAGACCACUACCCACUGCACAUGGUGGGGUGUUGCCAGGAUACAGCACAAUGACAGGAUAUGGGGGGACUUCAGGCACAGGGGGAUUUUUCAGUGAAGAAGGAGGUGCUGUUGUGGCAAAAAAUGGGACCACAUUUCUCAACCAAAGUCGUAGUAAUUGGACUGACAUGGGACAAGACUGGCGAGGUGGAAGUCGAACACUCGCUGCAACUGGCAGUACAGACAACAGCAGUCGCAAGAAGCAUACGCGACCCACCUUUACAGGCCACCAAAUAUUUGCCCUUGAGAAGACCUUUGAACAGACCAAAUACCUAGCCGGGCCUGAACGGGCAAGACUGGCCUUCAGUUUAGGAAUGAGCGAGUCCCAGGUUAAGGUCUGGUUUCAGAACCGCCGCACUAAAUGGCGCAAGAAAACUGCUGUGGACCCACCAUGCCCAAACUCUCUGGUUUCUCGAGGACCAGGGGACCAAACUCCAUCCGAAAAUGAGGAUGACGAGUACAGCAAACCACUGGAUCCAGACUCAGAUGAUGAAAAGAUUCGUCUGUUACUACGGAAACACCGGGCGGCCUUUACUGUGCUCAGCCUGGCACCACACAACCUGUGACAAGGCACAAUUUAUCAAAACUUUAUCCAACUUUACGUUGUAUGGCCCAGAAUGUGGCAUUCUACACUACAACCUGUGAUUAUGGAAUCCCCGAAUUCUUUAAGACAGUCAUAUGAAAACCCAAACCAUUACCUAGGACAGGUGCCUUAAGCAAUUGUACUAAAUUAUGUGAGCAUGGAUAUCCCAAUAUAGUAACAGGAAACACAACUUAAUUUGUGUAACUAUGAGUCCCUCAAGCAACGGUUAUGCUGUAACUGUGUCUGCUAACAUGAUACUCAAGUAUACUCCACAAAAUAAUACAGUAAACCCACAACUGAUGAAAUAAUUAAAAAAAAAAAACACAAAAAAUGGACGGUGACAACUGGGCAAAACUGAUAAGGUAACAAAAAUAACAGCGUUGUGAACCAUAAAAUAUCUUUCCACCCUAACUUUGAUAAAACACAAAACUGAAUUAUUUAUUGAUCCUAAACAUGUCAUUUUUGCAAAUAUGCUACACUCCCAGACUAUGGCUAUCAAUAAUAUACAGCAACUUCCUAUUUCCUGUAUGAAUCCUACACCCCAAAAUCCUAUAAUCUGAAUAUCUGCUUAACCUGAAUGUGAUAAACUGUCAUACUGUGAAGUCCCCACAAUACUGGAUAAUCCCUAAGCAACUCUAUUAAUGGCUUAUUACUCUUACCGCAUAUCAAACUUUUCAUUAAAUUCAUUGUCUGCGGAACUGUGUAUGGACAAAGAAUAGGUUAACGGUCAUGUACAAGAGUAAUAUGAAAAAGGAUCAUCAUUAAAAACAUUUGUACCCUAUACCUAAUGUAUAUAUGAAAACCGAUUUAUCAUGAUCUACAUAUUAUACAGAACUAUGUAAAGAGCACAUGCUUGUACAAACUAUUGGUAUAUAAUAUACCAUAUAUCUGUAUCUAUAAAUAAAGGCUUAAAAUGAUUA